AUGUUCAGAAAAUUCACUAGAGAAGAUAUCCAUACUCGUUCAAAUGUCAAAUCUUCUAUACAGAGGAAUUUGAAGGCAAAAUUGCUCGCGCAGUAUCCCAAGUUGGAAGAAGUGAUCGAUGAAAUCAUUCCGAAGAAGGCUCAAAUUGAACUAUAUAAGUGUGAAGGUAAGAUUCAGUUGUACUUGGUCAAUGGGGAAGUGCUCUUCUUUCAAAACUUUGACGAAUUAAUUCCUUCUUUGAGAUUUGUACACAAAUUCCCCGAGGCGUUCCCAACGGUUCAAGUUGAUAGAGGUGCCAUUAAGUUUGUAUUGGCAGGGUCCAACAUCAUGUGUCCUGGUUUGACAUCUCCAGGUGCUAAGUUGCCUGAGGCUCCAGGAUUCGAAAAGGAUACCAUUGUGGUUAUCAACGCAGAGAAUAAAGAAACCGCUAUGGCAGUAGGGAAAUUGUUGAUGAGUACUGAGGAAAUUAAGGAAAUUAACAAGGGCCAUGGUGUGGAAAUGAUUCAUCAUUUGGGUGAUCCUCUUUGGACAUUCUCUGCUGAUUGA